AUGCUUCCUUUGGUGCUUCAUGUGAGGACGUCAAUUAUCUCUCUGAGAAUAUUCACGAGAGCCACUUCAACAGGAGCCGGAUGGAUGCUCGUCAGAAGACUCUGCUGUGGCAGCUGCUCCCAAAAUAUAAUCAUAGAACUGAUUCACCGAGCGCUCCCUCAUGACCAUGACCCCUUUCAAAAUUAUGCAAGAAGCUUCCAUGAUGGCGCUCGCUGUCUCUCUCUCGUCCUCUGUCUAUGCGACGUCCACUUUCGCUAUAGCCUGAGCCUUCUGUUUAGGCUGUGGCAGAUCUCCACGCUCUUGUGGAUUCCUGUGAGGAGGAAAAGCUUCGGGAGGACGCCGGCACAGGCACAAAGUUGA